AUGGCCGCCCCCGCCCUCGCGUUCGCGAGCGCGCGUGGGGUAUCCAGUAUCACGCCGUCGCGCCGUCGCGCCGUCGUCGCGUCGCGUCGCGCCUCCGCGCCGUCGAAGCGACGACUUCUCGUCGUGCGAAACGCCGAUGGAGAGUCUUCGAAGGCAGCGAAGAAGAAAGGCAAGUCCGGGGUGUUGUUCGGACGCGAGACGACGCCUCCGCUCCCCCCUUCCCUGGACGACGACGAUGACGAUUUCGACUCCCCAGCAUGCGCGAUCGCGUUCGCGUCUUGCGACAACGAAUCGCACCCUACGGCGACGAUCCUCACCGUGACCGUCUCCGCGGUUCCCGGGGUGAUGCGGAUCUUGAGUUGGCUCCUGAACGGAUUAGAUCUGGACGUGAACGAAGCGGAGUGGGUCAUAAACGAGGAGGAGGGAAGCACGGACGAGAGCCCACCCAUGGAGACUGUGGAUCUCACGAUGCAGGUGACGGAGGGGAGAGGAAAGUACGCGUCCAAGGUGAAGGACACGCGCGGACUCGAGGAUCGACUGUCCGAGUACCUUCGGUUUUGCACGCAGGCGGAGAGGAAGUACCACCCGGUCAUCGAGCACGGCGGGAUUAAGAUCGACAACGAGGCCGACCCGGAAACGACGCUAUUGACGGUGUCUUCCAGCGAGUCCGGGGCUCGGAGCAUGUUGUACGUCUCGUCCACGAUAACCGGUCUGGGGUUGAAGAUGAACCGCGCGAAACUCCUUCCGGCGAGCGGAAGCGACGGUUCCGUUUGGAACUACAACCUCACGGUGUUCGAGACGAACGGCAAGCUCACUAACGCGCAGAUGCAAGGGUUGUUGUACACGCUGUGCUUGGUGUUCAACACGAGCAGCAAGUCCGCGACCGGAUCAGGCGGGGCGGGGGACUAUCUAGUCGAGAAGAUGGUCGGCAUUUGA